UCUCUGCUACUCCCUCAGUCAAAGACAGGAGUCUCAGAAAGCAGCUGAUGCUUCCCGUAAUCCUCGCUAAGCAUCAUUUCAUUGAUGCUUUCUCUGCGUGUCUUUCAGCACUUUUCCAUGGAACUGGAUUUCACAGCUGCUGAGGUGACAUCAGGUAUCUGAAUGCUACAGAGGCACAAGGAAAGAGCAAUUGGAAGAUAACUUUCCACGCUGCAAUCCUUCAUGUCCUCAGAGGAAGAGUGUUUGUUUUGUAAUGCAUGCCCCUUAAGGAUAUUUUUCCCUCAUCACAACUGCUGGAGAAAGAUUUCCCCCCAUUUUUUGACCACAACAAUUCAUUUGUAAGUUCAAUUUUCUGUAGAAUCUAUGGGGACUUUUUCGGCGUAAUAUUCCUGCCGUACCUGGAAAGUUUGGGACAAGACAUGUCUGAUGGAACCAAAGCUGUCUAUUGAAGCAGUUUUUCUAAGACUGUCCAGAAACCAGGAAUGACCACAGCAGCCAUGGAGCCUGUUGGAGUCUUGGUGGAAAGGAGCACCAAUGCAACAGACUCUCCACUGAGCUCUCAAGAGGAUACAGCUGCUACAUUCACCAUUGGCACCAUCCUAUCUAUCAUGUGCUUGGUUGGAGUCUCAGGGAACAUCUACACCCUGGUGGUCAUGUGUCAUUCCAUGAGAACUGCAGCGUCAAUGUACAUCUACAUUAUAAACUUAGCUUUGGCAGAUCUGCUUUACCUUCUCACUAUCCCCUUUGUGGUCUGCACACACUUCUUGAAGGGAUGGUACUUUGGAGAUGUAGGGUGUCGGAUACUGAUAAGCAUGGAUUUCCUGACCAUGCAUGCCAGCAUCUUUACGCUGACUAUCAUGAGCACGGAGCGUUACUUUGCAGUGCUCAAACCACUGGACACGGUCAAGCGGUCUAAAAGUUACCGCAAGGCUAUCGCACUGCUUGUCUGGGUAGCCUCACUGAUCCUCACAUUACCUAUGAUUGUGACCAUUAAGCUUAUGAAAGUGGGUACUAAGGCAAUGUGCCAGCCCACUUUAUCUGAACUUUCUUACAAGAUUUACAUCUCCUUUCUAUUUUGCACAAGCAUUGUUGCCCCAGGACUGAUUAUUGGGUACCUCUACAUUCAGCUGGCACGGACUUACUGGAUAUCACAAACGGAAAGCUUCAAGCAGACCAAGAAACUACCUAAUCAAAAGGUGCUGUACCUGAUUUUUACCAUUGUGCUCUUCUUCUGGGCGUGUUUCCUGCCUUUUUGGAUCUGGCAGUUGCUUGACCAAUUCUGUCCCUCGUUGUCCCUCUCCUCCAAAGUCAAACGAAACAUCAACUACCUGACCACAUGCCUCACGUUCUCCAACAGCUGCAUCAACCCGUUCCUUUACACGCUGCUCACCAAAAACUAUAAAGAGUACCUCAGGAAACACAAGAGGUCCUGGACUGCAGGAAGCUACUUUAAUAGACGAAGUCGUUUUCAGCGAUCGCCCCGAAGGUCGCCGUCUGCCAGCAGUCAGCAGUGCACCGAGAGCUUCAUGCUUACACAUACAGCUUCACUGCGAGCUCAUAACAGCAGCUUGUAAGAAUGGAUGAUGAACCAAAGCAGAUGAGAAGAGCACAGAAGAAAGGGCGGAGACAAGAAACAAUGGAAGAAAAAUUAUGGAAAACAAAUCCUAAGCUUACCAUUUGUGAGCAAAAAAGGACGGAUGGAAAAACUAUACUAAAAAUAAUCUUUGUUUUUUUGAGUGGGCACAGCGGUGACUGAAUGACAAGGAAACUCCUGCUAUUCUUGACUCGUGCUGGCUCACUUCUAAUUUGGUCUCUCCAUGAACUUCCUUCGGCAUGAAGACAAAAACAGAUCCUUUUUAGAGGUUCUGUUUUACUCUGUGUUCACCUUCAUUUUUUUCCGUUUCAGCCUGCAUAAAGAAUCCCUCUAAACUGCUUCCCUGGAUGUGAUGGAAUUGGUUUUGAUGCAUGUUUAAUAUAUAAGGAUAAGCUUCUAAUCAGACUUAAAUUUGUUUUAAGCAGUUAUUCUUAAAAUGAAAGAUCAAGGUGAGCAUGCCUGUAUAUAAAAUAUACAAACCAGCCAAUGUGGUUUGGUCACUCUGAGAAAAAGUGCACUUUCAGAUUCGAGAUUUACUCUAGAGAUAAAUGAUUGCUGCUGGUAACAGAAUCUUAUCUACAGGGGUGGAGCCAUCUCAUCUCAAAUCUGAUUGACCCCGCCAACCCUAUGAUAGACAUGUUACAGCCCCAGGUCACUAUUGUGCAGUAGCUUGUGUUCUGCAGUGGUAGAAUAAAAAUAAUUUAGGCAAAUUACAGUUGGUUUGAUGCAAUUUUCCUUAGCAACAAGGAAAGUUACCAUUGUGAAGUUUUACCCCAGUAAAAGUUUAAAGCCGUUGGAAGUUAUACUUAAAUGUCAAAUCAUUCUAGCUCAAACGUGUAUAGAAAUGUACUCUUUAUCGGAUGAUAUUGUCCCAAAUUUAGAUUCUUUUUUUUU